UACCACAACGGAGACCACCACUACGACUACUACCACUACCACUACGGAAACCACCAGUACUACUACUACCACUACCACUACGGAAACCACCAGUACUACUACUACCACUACCACAACAGAAACCACUACUACCACUACUACCACUACGACCACUACUACCACCACGGAAACAACCUCAACGUCUACAUCAACUACAACAACGACAGAAACUACAACUACCACCACGGAAACAACCUCGACGACUGCCUCAACUACAACACCGCCGAUAGGUCAAAUUCCAAUUGCCGCUGCCAAUGGAACACUUGCAGCUGUUUACAAUACAUUUGUAGGUGGUGAUAGUACGGCAUCAACAAGCGGCUCUGGUAUUGGUCAGUACCCACCGGGUCAAUCACCAGAGGCGGCGUGGGAUAAUGAUAGAUCAACUGUGUAUAUAAAUUUUGGAUCAUGUACAUCGUCUGAUAAUAAUAAUCAGUGUGGUUUGAACACUGGCUUCUAUAUUGAAUUACAACGUGGUUCGACUGUAGUGACGGCGUUUCAAUUGUACACAGGCAGUGAUCAUUCUGAACGUGAUCCGCUAAUCGUGUCGUUAGAAGGAAGUAAUCAAUCAGCAGCAAAUCUGACACUUGGUAGCAGUUGGACUCUUAUAUAUAAUGGCGCUAGUGGAUUAGCAACCUAUCCGGGUCCUAAUAGCGGCGGCUCGAUACAGCAAACAAACAACACGAUUUCGUAUAAGAGUUAUCGAUUUCUUGUGUCUGGAAAACGAUCAACGUCAAACAGUGUUCUGUAUUCUGAAUUGAUAUUUUAUGGAUACUAA